AACUACAGAAAGCUAACUAUUCGUGAGAGUGGAAGUCCAGUAAAGACAACUGUCAAAGCAGCACCGGGAACUGAAAUUCCAGUCAAGUGUUAACUCUGUUUAGGUGACUGUAUGAACAGAAUUGUGGCCUGUGAGUCAAAGACCGUAUUUGUCAGAUGCCCGAGGAGCACUUUUGGAGACUACAUCGAUUGUCCCGUUUCUAAACGGAAACCAUUUCUGGGACAGACAAUUGGUGCCUGCUAGCUAGCUAAGUGAAUCAUCCAGGAGACUUUUUGUUGUCACCUUCCAAACCAAAAGUGAAUGGUUUAUCUGUCAUGAGUCCGGCCGGGUGCUCCCAUGUGAACGCUUAUAAGGUGGAUAAUUGGAAACAAAACCUUCGAGUCAUAUACCAGUGCUUUGUUUGGAGUGGUACUGCUGAGACCAGGAGACGCAAGGGAAUGGAGGCCAAGUCGUGUAUCUGUCACAUGUGCGGUGCCCACCUGAACCGACUCCACUCUUGUCUGUACUGUGUAUUUUUUGGCUGUUUUACGAAGAAACACAUCCACGAGCACGCAAAAUCUAAGAGACAUAAUCUAGCAAUAGACUUAUUAUACGGUGGAAUAUAUUGUUUUGUGUGUCAAGACUACAUAUACGACAAAGACAUGGAACAGAUUGCCAAAGAGGAACAGAGGAAAGCCUGGAAAUUGCAAGGAAUAGGGGAGAAAUACACAACAUGGGAACCUACGAAGAGGGAGGUAGAAUUAUUACGUCACAAUCCAAAGCGAAGAAAAAUCACUACAAACUGUACCAUAGGUUUACGAGGGUUAAUAAAUCUGGGCAACACAUGUUUCAUGAACUGUAUUGUUCAGGCCCUGACGCACACACCGUUGCUACGAGACUUCUUUCUCUCUGACCGACACAAGUGUGAAAUGCAAUCAAACUCUUGUCUGGUGUGUGAGAUGUCACAGCUCUUUCAGGAGUUUUAUUCAGGCCACCGUUCGCCCCACAUUCCCUUCCGGCUUCUGCACCUUGUGUGGACUCAUGCACGUCACCUUGCAGGCUACGAGCAGCAAGAUGCCCACGAGUUCCUCAUUGCAGCGUUGGAUGUACUACACAGGCACUGCAAAGGGGACACUAUCCGAGAUGACAAUGGGAAGAAGGCCAACAAUCCAAACCACUGUAACUGCAUCAUUGACCAAAUCUUCACUGGGGGCCUGCAAUCAGACGUUACCUGUCAAGUUUGCCAUGGGGUUUCGACAACAAUAGAUCCAUUCUGGGAUAUCAGUCUAGACCUGCCUGGUUCAUCCACGCCUUUCUGGCCCCUAAGUCCUGGAGGAGAUGGCAGCACAGUUAAUGGAGAGAGCCACCUGUCUGGGUCCACCACACUCACAGACUGCCUACGCAGAUUUACACGGCCCGAGCAUCUAGGAAGCAGUGCCAAAAUCAAGUGUGGUGGUUGCCAUAGUUACCAGGAGUCCACCAAACAGCUGACAAUGAAGAAGCUCCCCAUCGUAGCAUGUUUCCAUCUCAAACGGUUUGAGCACUCAGCUAAACUGCGGCGGAAAAUCACUACGUAUGUUUCCUUCCCACUGGAGUUGGACAUGACCCCCUUCAUGGCCUCCAGUAAAGAGAGCAGAAUGAAUGGACAGUAUCAACAGACAGUAGAUGUAUUAAACAACGACAAUAAGUAUUCCUUAUUUGCAGUGGUCAACCACCAAGGCACAUUAGAGAGCGGCCACUACACCAGUUUCAUCCGUCAGCACAAAGACCAGUGGUUCAAAUGUGACGACGCCAUCAUCACAAAGGCCAGCAUUAAGGACGUCCUCGAUAGUGAAGGGUAUCUCUUAUUUUACCAUAAACAGUUCCUUGAGUAUGAGUAGUUUUUGUGACUGUGAAGAGCCGCUGCAAAAGAGAGGCUGGUGACAGGAUGAGACACACCAAACCUACCUGAAACUGUUUGACUGCUCCUCCCACUGAGGAGGCGGCGCUAACAAAAUAAACCAAUGUGUGAAAUCAUGCAACCUUUCAGAAGAAAAAGAUGAAAAGAAAAACAGCACUGAGCUACUUUCUUAGCAUCUACUUGAUAAAACUGAAUGAAGAGGAGCCCCCCACUCCCCCUUCCUGCACUUGCAGGAGCAGAGUGUGACUGACUGUUGAGUUGACUGGGCACAUCUGGAUUUUUUUUUUUUUUUAAACAGUAUUCUGAACCUGCACCCCCGGCCUCGGUUUCUCUCCCAUGGUGCUCUUGUUUCAGCUGACCAAGCAUUUAUAUCAGUCACCACUGAAGACACAUUUGUUAUGCAUAUGGAACUGAAUGCAAAAAAAAGGAGAAAAAAAUGAAAUAAAAUGACCAUAUUAUCAACUUUGCAAGAACAUUUUUAAAUGUAUGAUUUCGAUUAUCACUUGUGGACUCAGUUAUGAAAUACUGUACGAAUGUUGUAUACAUCUAUUUUUUAAGUGCGAUGAAAAUGUGGGAGAGCUCGGAGACUCUACCUUUGCCUGUUUGUGGGGGAAGCGCUGCCAUGGCAACUAAACAAGUCGACUUGAGUGUGCUCAUGUUCAAUUAUUUACUGUGUCGAUUGUUUUAUUUUUAUGUCUGGUUGAGGGCAGGGAAUAUCUAUUUUUUUAUCAAUGUCUUGAAUUUUGUGUUGUUUUUUAGUUUACUGUUCUUUUCAGUGUCUUUGUUUUCAGUACGCUCAAUUGGAGAGUCCAUUUGCAGAAACAAACCAGUGCCUUUCUU